CAUAGAAUUCCCAUAUGAGAAUAAUUCUGAAUAAAAAGGCAUUUCUAUAGUCUUCCUGAAGUGUUGCACAACCAGUGACUGUGUCAGUCCUUGUUCUAAAUCUUUCCCUAACUUGAGAAGUCAAAAGGUUACAUGGGGAGCCCAUAUUGCAGAGUGUCCCAGCCUUCCAGACUCAAUAAUUCUUCAUUUUUUCAAAGAAAAGCUAACUAAUGCAAAUUAGAUAGAUUUUUUGAUUUAUUUUUGUUACUAUGAAAGCAUUUUUAAACUUACUUAUCUGCAUUAUGUGGGAGGAAUGCCGAUCUGAAUUGCACUCAACAUUUUUGUAAGUGUUCAAAAAAGCUGCACUGUAGGAGAAAUAUUUGCCUAUUUCAUAUGUGGAGCUAGAAUACAGUGAAUUCUGAAUCCAUUAGGAGAGGCAUUUUCAUGAUAGAUGCAGAAGUAUUGUCUGGUGUAAUUCUCUUGGCAAUUAUCUGUUUCAGUGUUGAUAAAAUAAGUCCUAUUUCUGCUUGACUGCUAAAUACAGUCUUCCAGUAAUUUUAGGAAAUGCUACUUUUAAAUACAUCUCCCAUCACUGAAUGGGGGAGGAACUGCAAAUUUGUGAGCAGCUUUAAACUUUUCUCAAAGAUGUUUUGAUAUAUGGUGAAAUAAUCUAUAAAUGAACGUUAAUUAUAAAGGGAAACCAAGCAAGGAGAUCACUGGAACUACGUAUGAAGCUUAAAUGCUUUUGAACAGGACACAGUUGUUCAAAGCACCAGUGUAGACGGAUUUAAGGUUUAGAAACAACAUGCACGUGGUCAUCCAGGAACUUAAAAGCACCACACUGCUGAGAGCCUCAGUUACCAUCCACGCUUAAUUGUAAAUUUAAGUUCCUGGCAUGAUAUUUUUCUCAAGCUCCCCCACCCCACUUGUCUGGGUUUAUUUUCCCUGCAGAUUCCUGGCAUUCACCAUGGUGGCUGUGUGCUGGAAGCUGCCCAUCUGCUUUCUCCUGUGCCAGGCGGUGUCAGGAGGAGCGGGGCGGGACGGGCACUACGUGGCGGCCGUGUACGAGCACGAGUCCAUCCUGAGCCCGGCCCCGGCGGCGCGGGUGGAGCGCCGCGCCGCGCUGCAGCUCAUGGGCCGCAACCUCGACAUCUAUGAGCAGCAGGUGCUGGCUGCUGCCAGGCAGGGGGCACAGAUCAUUGUUUUUCCUGAAGAUGGAAUCCAUGGCUUCAACUUCACCAGAAGCUCCAUUUACCCUUACCUGGAUUUCAUUCCGUAUUCACACCCUGGGAAGUGGAAUCCCUGCAGAGAGCCGUAUUUGUACAAUGACACAGAGGUGGUUCAGCGGCUGAGCUGCAUGGCCCUGCAGAACAAGAUCUUCCUGGUGGCCAACCUGGGCACCAAGCAGCCGUGCGAGCGCCGGGAGCCGCGGUGCCCGCCCGACGGGCGCUUCCAGUUCAACACCAACGUGGCGCUGGGCGCGGACGGCGCGCUGCUGGCCACCUACCGCAAGCACAACCUGUACUUCGAGAGCGCCUUCGACACCCCUGCCCGGCCAGACCACGCACUCUUUGACACCCCUUUUGCUGGCACGUUUGGCAUGUUCACGUGCUUCGAUAUACUCUUCUAUGAGCCUGCAGUGAGCCUCAUCAGACAGUACAAUUUGAAGCAAAUUGUUUACCCAACUGCCUGGAUGAACCAGCUCCCGCUUCUGUCUGCUGUAGAGUUCCAACAAGCUUUUUCAACAGCUUUCAAUGUCAAUAUUUUAGCAGCCAACAUCCACCACCCUACCUUGGGCAUGACAGGGAGUGGCAUAUACACUCCAGUCAAAUCAUUCAUCUAUCACAACAUGGAAAGUUAUGGUGGCAAGCUCAUAGUAGCAGAAAUUCCUGUGACUACUGCAGAUUAUAAAACCAAUUUAGAGAGUAAUGAAAGAUUUAGAGAGAACUUACAUGGCUCAUGCAGGACUUCUACAAGCACCUCACUGGAUGAUGAAGUUUGCUUUAAGGAGCAAGAAGAGACUGCUGGCGGAGUAUCUGAAAAAGGAGAAGGAAAGGAACAGUCACCUCCUUCCUUUUAUGCAGAAAUGAUGUAUGACAACUUCACUUUUGUUCCGUUAUGGGGGGAAAAGGGAGAGCUCCAGGUUUGUGCCAAUAGCCUUUGUUGUUACUUAAACUAUCAGAAAGCUGUUCUAACUGAUGAAUUAUAUGCUUUGGGAGUUUUUGAUGGGCUCCACACAGUGCAUGGCACAUACUAUGUCCAGACCUGUGCCUUGGUGAAGUGUGGUGGGCUCAGCUUUAGCACUUGUGGACAGGAGGUCACGGAUGCCACUGCUCUGAUAGAUUUCCAGCUAUGGGGAAAUAUGAGCACCCCUUACAUCUUUCCUUUGCUGCUGACAUCUGGUAUUACCUUGGACUUUGCUGAUCACAUGGGCUGGAAGAACAACCACUAUUUCCUCAGCAAAAACAGAACAUCUGCUGGCCUCCUGACAGCUGCUCUCUAUGGACGAUGGUAUGAAAAAGACUAGCACAGAUACUAGACUGAGUCAGAAAACGACAGCCCAUAUGUUCAGAGUCUGUAUCUUAACAGAAAUUGUUAAAUAUCCAUAUUUGCUAGAGGUUCAGGUGUGUUUGUCCCAUCACUGCCUGAUUAGGUCCCACAUUUGGAAUAAUGGCUGUAAAUAAAGUCUGUACCCUGGUAACUUAUGUCCUACCAGGAGUGAAAGAACUGCCUUGCAAAGAUAAAGGCUUGCUGUGAUCUGGUGAGCUGAUUGAUACCAGAAAAUAACACUUCUCAUUUCAAAUGAAUCUGUUCCUUUUAAUUUAAUCCUUUGAUUUUUGGGGGUCCUGGCUGGGAGUAUGGAAAUUAUUAGAAUGGAAAACUACUGCAAUAAAAAGGGAAAGAAAAUGCAAA